AUGUACAACCCCGCUAAGAACCAAACGGCCUCGCCCUCUCGAGGGUCUAACCUCCUCGUCGAGCACCAGCUUUCUGGGACGUCCACGGUGGAGGCACAGGAUACUAAUGGGCUGCCAUCGCUUGGUUGUCUGGGUCCUCUUCGGGUGUAG